UGGUAUCCAGAGAAAACUUCACACCUUUUAUCAUGGUGCUUGAAGAAACCCGAAACGGACGCCAAAACAAGUUUUCAAUUUUAUUUGAGUUCACCCAUAGAUCCGACAAAACGUAAAACAUAACUUCCUUUUAAUUUCUUUCGUCUUCCCGUUCUGCUUUCAGCCAUUAACGACCAGUCGAAGCUGAAUCUGUGGUGCAGUGUUUAAGAAGCAAAAUUCGCAUAUAAAAAAAUCCACGAAAGGGAUACUGGUUUUACCAGAGAGCACAUGGAAAACAUGGAUGAUUCAACAUUGGCCAGAGAAUCAGACCUUAACUUUGCAGUUGAUAACAUAGAAAAGGCUUAUCGUUAUGCUGAUGAAAAGAGAUUUGAAAGAAGGGAUUGUUUCAAUGAGGAUCUGAACCAACAUGAGCAACAGAGUCCCCCCUCAAUCCAUGCAGAUGUAGAUUUCAAAUAUGAAAUUUCAGAAUCUCUUCCAGAAAAAUCUUACCCUGUCCCAACUGAAUCUGAUCAAGACAGUGCUAUUGAAACAAAAUUUGUCCAUGAGCAAGAGAGGACUGAGUCUCCAUUCAAGGACAAUAACCAUUACCAAGGUGAGAUGGAUCAGUUGCAUGGCAGUAAUUUUCUUAACCCAUCCUCUCAAUCUAAGUCGCAAACUUUCCAUAAUGAAAUGGGAACUGAAGAUUCUGCUCAUUCACAGGACUCUCCUCUGACAGAACGUGCAAACCAGGGAGUGGGAGAGGAUGAUUCUAACGUGGGUAUGCCUACUGCUGUACCUCCUGCUGGAAGAGCGAAAAUGAUUUAUUCCGAGAGGUCACAAUAUGAAUCAGUUAAGUCUUCCAUUCAUGAAGUUGAAAGGGAAGCUAGUGAUCAAUGGAAAGAGCAAUUGUUAUCAUCUCCUAAGUUGCACAGGUGGGAUAAUGAAAAUCAGAAAGAUGAGUCGCCAGGUCAGAACAAUAACCCAGGCAUCGGCAGUUCUGAUAUUCAAUCUCUCGGAAGAAUCAUCAGAGGAUCAAUAUCUCCUAGAAUAAAAAGACAAAUGUCACUUUCACCUGAAGACUCUCCUUCAUCAUGCCACUCGCCCAAUAACCAUGAGCAUUUGCCUUCUCAUCAAGGUUCUCAAGACCAGUCACUUGCACCAAGAUCACAUAGCCAGCAUAUUUCUUCACCUGAUCAUUAUCUCCCGCCUACACAGGGCAUUCUACAAUUUUCCCACCCUAGGGAUGGUUCUGCUCUGAAGCACAUACCUGCAUCUCCAAGGUUGCAUGGGUCACCCCCAAGGUCGCAUGGCUCACCCCCAAUGUCGUAUCGCUCACCCCCAAGGUCCCAUCGCUCACCCCAAAGGUCCCAUCGCUCACCUCCAAGGUCCCAUCGCUCACCCCCAAGGUCCCAUCAUUCACAAUCAAAUUAUGGGAGAAGGGACAGAUUGGAGUCACGAUCACCCAUUCGGCAUAGAGAUUCUUAUGGUUACCAGAGGGCAUAUCGUGAGAGAUCUCGAUCAAGGUCCCCAUGUUCAAGAGCUCAUCAUAGAUCGACAAGGGGAAGGCAUUCUCCAAUGCAAAGGUCCCCUUCUCCAGAGAAUCAUUCUCGUCACCAAUCUCCUAGAAGGAAACCAUGGUCACCACCGCCUAAUAGGAAAACUGGAUUAGGGAAACCUGGAAGAAAUUUAUUUGUUGCAGGUUUUAGCUUUUUGACUACAGAGAGAGAUCUGGAAAGGAAGUUUUCUAGGUAUGGCCGAGUACGAGAUGUUCGUAUUGUUAGAGACAAAAGGUCUGGAGAUUCACGUGGAUUCGGAUUCUUGACCUUGGAAAGGGAUGUAGAUGCCGAUGCAGCAAUCAGAGCUCUAGAUGAGACUGAGUGGAAUGGUCGGAUUAUUCUUGUGGAGAAAUCCAAAACUUGAGAGGGCAUGAAACUCAGCUUUAUCACAGCUCUUUUCAGUUGGUUAAUUUUCCUUUUUGAAGUCAGUUCUGCCCAUCACAAUGUUCUUCAAAAUUUAUCACACAUCAAAUACACCUCAGAAAAAAAAAA